UCUCUCCAUCUCUUUCUCUCUCUUCUCUCUCAUUACUCUAUCUCGUCUCUUUCUUUCUUUUUUCUUUUUGGUAUAAGAUCAAAUGAUGAUUUUCAGGAGGAAGAAGAACACUUAGUUGCAGCAGAAGAAGCAAUAUUCUAGAGAGAAGGGUUUUCUUGAGGUAGCAACGGAAGGAGGAGAAGAGUUUCAAGAAGAAGAAGUGUGGUCAGUUUUGAGAGAAAAAGAAACUCCAGGUCCUGGAAUGAAAAUGUCCAAAAGUAACAACAAUCUCUUCUCAGCCUCAUCUUCGUCUUCUGCACGGUACAUUCCUAAGGGCAACGAGGUCGUCUCAGCAGGAGGGGCAAAACAGUCUUCUGCUCCAAUGAAUAUUCCUGACUGGCCCAAGCUUUAUGGGUAUCCAAAGAAGAACACAAACAGCCACUUGCAUUCGUGGGGCACUGAAGACGAUGAUGAAGGCUCAAUGGUUCCUCCUCAUGAAUUGGUAGCAAGAAGACUCGCAAGAACGCAGAUCUCAUCUUUCUCAAUGUGUGAAGGAAUCGGAAGAACACUCAAAGGAAGAGAUCUCAGCAAAACAAGAAACGCUGUCCUAACCAGAACUGGUUUCUUGGAAUCCAAUAUCACAUCUUCAUCAACAUCACCACCACCACCAUAGUUGUGGCAUGGCGUGGAAGCAUAUGGGGGAUGAAUGAUCAAUAUCACAUUCACACAUAGAGCCCUCUUUUACCACCACCAUACCAUAUCGUUAUCAUGAAAAAACCCUAAAACUUUAUGGUAUCCACAUGAUUUUUAUUUAAAUAUCAAUGUUAUUGUCGUUUUCACCAUGUAGGGAAUCAUGACACUACCAAUAUGGUUGAGUUCUCUUUCUUUUUUUGUUGUUGUUAGGUUUUUGGAUUUUUUAGAUAAGUAUGAUGACGAUGAGGAUGACUUGUCAAUCCCAUGCAUGGGACCCAUAUCAUUUUUCUUAUGUUGUGUUUGUA